AUGGUAGACUACGGGGCCCUGAACAGAGAGGUGCCUCACCUCACAGCCGCCGUUCCCAAUGUUGUGAUUUUAAUUGAGGCCAUUGUGUGGACUGAGGGGGAAUGGUAUGCCGUUAUUGACCUGGAUAACGCCUUUUUCUCAAUUCCCAUUGCUGAAGAGGCACAAGCCCAAUUUGCCUUCAUCUGGGGCGGGCGCCAGUAUACUUUCACAUGGCAGGCCUUUCUUUUCUUUACCUUCUUCCUCUUUGCUUAUGCCUUGACCAUAACAGCCAAUGACACCAUCAUCACCAUGGUGUGGAAGAACAGCAGCCUUCACACAACCAUGUACUUCUUUCUGAGCAACUUCUUUUUCAUGGAGAUCUGGUACACCACAGUCAUUGUGCCCAAGAUGCUGUCCAGCUUCAUGGUGGAGAGUACCACCAUCUCUGUGUCAGGCUUCAUCAUCCAAUUCUACAUCUUCUUCUGCUUGGGAACCACAGAGUUCAUGUUCCUGGGUGUGAUGGCUUAUGAUCACUACAUUGCCAUCUGCUACUCGCUGCACUUCAGCAUCCUGAUGAACAAAAAGGUCUGCACCCUGCUGGCUGUUGGCUCUUGGAUGAGUGGUUUAAUUGGCCAUUUGCCCUUCACCAUCUCUACCAUUCAGUUCUUCUUCUGCAGCCCCAACAAGAUCAACCUCUUCCACAAUGUCAAGAUCAACCGCUUCUUCUGCGACCUGGCUCCAGUGCUGAGCCUCUUAUUCACAGACACGUCAGUCAGCGAGAUGAUAUUCUUCACCGUCGCCUGGGUCAUCAUCCUCUGCUCCUUCCUGCUCACUAUGGUGUCCUAUUGCUACAUCAUCUUCACCAUCUGCAGGAUGCCCUCCACCACUGGCAGACAAUGGGCCUUUUCCACCCGCACCUCCCACCUCAUCAUGGUCACCAUUUUCUACAGCACUGUCACCUUCAUGUAUGUACCCACAGUGCGCUACACCUUCCAAGCAGACAAGAUGGUCUCCAUCUUCUACUGUGUAGUUACCCCACUCCUCAACCCUGUCAUCUAUAACCUGAGGAACAAGGAAGUGAAGGAGGUGCUGAGGAGGGUGCUGUGCAGCAGAAGAAGGCUGAAUUGGAAGAAGGUUGGACUCAUUAACUGGGAUAGUUAA